AUGGAAAUAAGAGCACGCAUUGGGAUAUCAAGCGUUGCGACGUCAAGACGCCGAAUGGGAAUUUUGUUUGACGAAUACUCGGGUAUUGAGAAGGAAGGUCAGACAAAGAGACAAGUAACAGGCGAUAUUAGAUUGCUCCAAGAAUUGGCAGACAAGCUCAUGGAGUUAGCUCGAGCAGGCGGGGAGAUCGACGAAGAUGAACAUCCAGGAUAUUCUGAAAACGAGGGAGCCGAGUUGAAUUAUUCGUUCGCCCCAGAACAGCAAGGAUAUAUACGAUUUGAAGAGCUGCACGAACGUCAUGCCGUGUGGAAAAGGGCGAAGACCAUCGGAGAUGUCAAACCAGGGAGUAACAAGAGACUCGGUUACGUUCAGGGCGAUGAAAUCGGGAGAGAAAAGCGAAGACACGACCGUACAAACAGUCAUGCCGUAGGGAAGGAAGCGAGCAUGACGAGGAAGAAGGCGGAAGGACCCUAG